GGGGGGGGCAGAGAGAGAGAGAGAGAGAGAGAGAGAGAGAGAGAGAGAGUUGCGUUCAAGGGAACUCGGGCUUCCCAUGCACAGUCCAGUCUGCGGGGAAAGUAUCAGCAUUCCACACUCCAUCCAUUAUUUCACGGAUAUUUUUCCAAAGUUGCCGAGAUGAAAGUUUGCCUGCUGUUACUGCCCGUCCUCCUUCUCUGCACACUCCUUUCACCGAACUACUGUGACGAGCAGCACCUGAACGAAGACAAGCUGUUGGUUGUGACAAUUGCAACCAAGGAAACUGACGGCUUCAGGCGUUUCCUGAGAUCAGCCAAACAUUUUAAUUACACUGUCAAGGUCCUUGGUCGCGCUCAGAAAUGGAAAGGUGGCGACUAUUUGUCCGCCCCCGGCGGAGGUCAGAAAGUGAGGCUUCUGAAAGAAGCCACGGAGGAAAUGAAGGAUGAAGAUAAGAUAAUUCUUUUUAUUGACAGCUAUGAUGUGAUUUUGGCCUCCAGUCCCCGAGAAGUGCUAAAGAAGUUUGUGCAGACCCAACACAAGGUGGUGUUCUCCUCUGAGAGCUUGAUCUGGCCCGACAGACACUUGGAGGAUAAACAUCCACAUGUCCGCGAGGGGAACAGGUUCCUCGGUGCCGGAGGCUUCAUUGGCUACCUUCCCAACAUCAAGGAAAUGCUUGCUGACUGGGCGGGAGCAGACAAUGACAGCGAUCAGCUCUUUUUCACCAAGAUUUAUAUCAAUCCAGAUAAAAGGAAAUCCCUAAAUAUCACACUGGACAGCAAAUGCAGGUUGUUUCAGAACCUUCACGGAGCUCUCGAUGAGGUGGUGUUAAAAUUUGAGGACGGGCAUGUACGAGCCAGAAACUUGCUGUAUGACACUCUACCUGUCAUCAUCCACGGGAACGGACCCACCAAGCUUCAGAUAAACUACCUGGGUAACUACAUCCCAAACACAUGGACGUUUGAGACCGGCUGCACCGUUUGUCACCAGGAUCUACUUCCACUUUCAUCUCUCAAGGAAGAGGACUAUCCCUUGGUGGUGAUUGGUGUCUUCAUUCAGCAGCCCACCCCCUUUGUCACUGUCUAUUUUGAACGCCUGCUGAAGCUCCAGUAUCCCAAGAAUAGACUCAAACUCUUUAUUUUCAACAAGGAAGUUCAUCACGAGCGAGAGGUUAGUUCUUUCCUGCAGGAUUAUGGAAGUCUGUAUCUGGAUGUCAAGUUUGUUGGGCCCGAAGAAGGCUUGUCUGGAGCAGCCGCCCGCAACAUGGGCAUUGACAUGUGCAGGACUCAGAAGGACUGUGACUAUUUCUUCAACUUGGACAUUGAGGUGGUUUUGAAGAACGAGAACACCCUGAAAACGCUCAUUGAACAAAACCUUCCCAUCGUGGCACCGAUGUUGACCCGAAGUGGACGAUUGUGGAGCAACUUCUGGGGAGCCCUCAGCGCCGACGGCUACUAUGCCAGGUCUGAGGACUACGUGGACAUCGUUCAAGGACAAAGAGUGGGAAUAUGGAAUGUUCCGUAUGUAACCAGCGUUUACCUGAUAAAGGGCAGCGUCCUCCGCUCAGAGCUGUCAGACAAAGAUCUAUUUGGCUCACCUGCAUUGGACCCUGACAUGGCUUUUUGUCAACGUGUGAGAAAUGAGGAAGUCUUCAUGUUUGUGACAAACAUGCAGACGUUCGGACGCAUCCUAUCAACAGAAAACUAUCAGAGCAGUCAUCUUCAUAAUGAUCUGUGGCAGAUCUUUGACAAUCCUGAGGAUUGGCAGGAGCGAUACAUUCAUGAAAACUACACUCGCAUCAUGAAAGAUAAACUCAUUCUAACUCCCUGCCCUGACGUAUACUGGUUUCCAAUCUUCUCCGAUAUGGCUUGCGACCACCUGGUUGAAGAAAUGGAACACUUUGGACAGUGGUCAGGAGGCGCUAAUGUGGACACCAGAAUCCAAGGUGGCUAUGAGAACGUCCCCACGAUCGACAUCCACCUCAAGCAGGUCAACUUUGACAAGGAAUGGCAGAAGUUCUUACUGGACUACGUUGCACCGAUAACAGAGAAGAUGUACCCUGGUUACUACACCAAGUGUUCCACUCCCUUGAACUUCGUGGUGAGGUACAAACCAGACGAGCAGCCCCUGCUCGAGCCUCACCAUGACGCCUCCACAUUCACUAUAAACAUUGCUCUCAACAGCAAAGAGGUUGACUACCAGGCUGACUUUGACCUGGCCUUUGUAGUUAGAUACAAGCCAGACGAGCAGCCAUUUUUGCGGCCGCAUCACGACGCCUCCACAUUCACUAUAAACAUUGCACUCAAUGAGCGGGGCCUCCAUUACCAGGGUGGCGGAUGCAACUUCCUGCGUUACGACUGUGCCAUCGAUGCCCCGCGUAAAGGCUGGGCCCUCAUGCACCCGGGCCGCCUCACACACUACCAUGAGGGCCUGCCCACCACCGCCGGGGUCCGCUACAUCGCCGUGUCAUUUGUGGACCCCUGAGACACACACACACACACACACACACACACACACACACAGACACACACACACACACACACACACACACACACACACACACACACACACACACACACACACACACACACACAGACAGACAGCAUGUUUUCCAAAAACAUGACAAGUGUUGACUUCUUCUUCUUCUUCUUCUCUCCUUUCAAAUGUUGCCUCUGUCUCUUUAAGAGAGCCGCUGGGCAAUGUGUGAACGAACCUGCUUUUUUUUUAACACAAAAGGGAACUGUAGCAAAGUAAAUGGCUUUUAAAAAUAAUGUCGUACUGUCAAAUAUUUAUUUUUUCAUACAAAGUGUGACUGAAAACAAGUCCUAUGCCUAAUAUUUCCUAGGUUUUGUACCUGAAGUUUUCUGAAAUACUGUUUUGUCAAACCUCAGUUCUUCUUGUGCCUUAAGUGUAAAAGCCAUGAUCAGCCCAAUAAACACUUGUCCUGUCAACACUU